UCUUCCCGAAAAGGAGUUGCUAUGAAAGGGUCAAAGGGAGAUUAUUAUGCGAAAGAGAAAUUUUAGUUCCUUGUUAAAAAGCGGCGAGAAAAGGAGCAGAGACAGUGGGUAGUUGUUGUUGAGCAGUUGUUAAGGAAUCCUCGGUGGCCAUGGACCCACCCUGCACUUCCGAGAGUAUUUAUAACCUCAUACCCAAUGACUCAAAGGAGCCGCCCCAGCCUCCUAGGUAUACAUCAGUGUUUAGACCAGCUGUAAAAGAUGACAUGAAGAAAUUCAAAACUGCAAUGAAAACUAUGGGGCCCGCGAAAGUUGACGUACCUUCCCCAAAGGAUUUUCUAAAGAAACACUCAAAGGAAAAAACCCUACCGCCUAAAAAAAAGUUUAAUAGAUGUGUUCCCAAGAAGCCUCCAGUGCCCUUGAGGACCGAUCAUCCAGUCAUGGGAAUACAAAGUGGAAAAAACUUCAUAAACACAAAUGUAGCUGACGUCAUCAUGGGCGUGGCCAAAAAGCCCAAGCCAAUUUAUGUUGACAAAAGAACUGGAGACAAGCAUGAUCUUGAGACUUCCGGACUAUUCCCCAAAUACAUCAACAAAAAGGAUUACGGUGUCACGCCUGAGUACAUCUGCAAGCGGAAUGAGGAUGUCAAGAAAGCCCAAGAAGAGUAUGAUAACUACGUCCAGGAGAACCUUAAGAAAGCAGCUAUGAAGAGACUUUCUGAUGAAGAAAGGGAGGCGGUUCUGCAGGGGCUGAAGAAGAACUGGGAAUUGGUGCACAAAGAGUUCCAGUCCCUCUCGGUCUUCAUAGAUUCCAUCCCGAAGAAGAUUCGCAAGCAGAAGCUGGAAGAAGAGAUGAAGCAGCUGGAGCAUGACAUCAGCGUCAUCGAGAAGCACAAGAUCAUCUACAUUGCCAACAAGUGAGGGGCAUCGCGGGACAGGAACAGAAGAAGGAAGCGAGGACCAUGGACGAUGUCAUAAUAAACCCCUGCUUUCAAAGAGGGCCGUGAAGAGAAUAGAAAGUUUUCACUAAAACUGUAGGCAAUGUUGAAAGAAUAGCUGAAUUAUUCACUGUCCUAGAGAAAUUUUUCUCCUCCAAUGUCACGGUUCUACUUAUGAACAAAGCUGGAAGCCGCAGCCUCCGUCUGCGUUCUGUGAUGUCACUC